AUGAACCUGAUGAAUUUGAAUGAUAUUGUGAAUUACUUGAGAUUUCACUUGAAGAAUCUUGUCCUUUGGACUGCCUUUUCUGUAUCUUUAAAAUGUUUAUUUUUGAUACUGAAUCACAUAACAUCAAAGUAUAAUAGUUAA